AUGAACAAAACCAUACGACAUCCAUCUCAGUUUUACUCGUUUGUUAUUCCUGAUGGAAACAACAACAACAUAGAUUUUAACCAAUUCAGAAACAAAGUCGUCAUAAUAGUCAACGUGGCAAGUCUUUGCGGGUACACACCACAAUACAAAGAACUACAACAGCUAUACGAAAAGUAUCACGAUCGGGGUUUGGAGAUCUUGGGAUUCCCAUGCAAUCAAUUUGGGAAUCAAGAACCAGGCGACGAAUCAAACAUUGCAAGUUUCUGUCAGCGUCAUUUCGGUGUUACUUUCCCCAUUAUGAAGAAAGUAUAUGUCAAUGGUGACGAUGAACACGAAUUAUACACGUAUUUAAAAGGACAGGUCAAGGGUGUGCUAGGAUUCCGUGGCGUGCGAUGGAAUUUUGAAAAGUUUAUCGUCAAUAGAGAUGGCCAAACCGUAGCAAGAUUUACUUCCAUUAUAACACCAUUACAGUUUGAAACUUACAUUGUAACACUAUUAAACCAGCAUAGCUAA